CCUGCCUCUCAGUGUCCUGCCUUAAAGUCAUUACGACUCGCACAGUCUGAGGAGAGCUGCAGAGUUUGAGGAGAGCCAUGAUGUCAGAUUCCAGAGUGUCGUCUGUCAUCCAGGAGUGGGUGAGUUCGUAUCCAGGUCAGCCUCACAGCCAGCCCCUGAAUCCCGUCGCCUCCAACCAGGCCGCACAGUCCAGUCAGAUGUCUCAGAUGGACAUGAUCUCGUACGGCCAGUCUCAUGCGGGGAUCAUCAGGGGGGUCGCUGACGAGAGAGUGGCCGAGCAGAUGAUGGGACUGCCCUACAUGUCCUACAACACGUCCUGCCUCAGCAGCAAUCCCAACUCAGGGAGUUCAAACCACCACCAGGGCCACGCCGGCGCUCAGCAGGACUUCUCGCCCUUCCUGCUGCCCAGGGCCCCGGUGACCAAGAGAAGCAUCAGCAAGGACAGCGCGGAGUACCGCCUGCGGCGCGAGAGGAACAACGUCGCAGUGAGGAAGAGCCGGGACAAGGCCCGCAGGAGGAUCCUGCUGACCCAGCAGAGGGCCCUGCAGCUGCAGGAGGAGAACCAGAAGCUGCAGAUGAAGAUAGGACAGCUCACCCAGGAGCUGGACACUCUGAAACACAUCCUGUCACAGCGGCACCUGCAGGGAGGCGAAGACGGAGCGCCGCAGGAGUCCGGUAUCUGACCUUUUUGGCCCCCGUCCCCAGCAGCAGGCCUCGCGGGCGUCAGAGCUACCUGUCAGGAUUAGAUGUGAAUGUCCGCAAGACUGCGGGGAGGAAAAAAAAAAAGUCUGUUUUACACUAACAUUUGUGAUUUUGGGAAGUGGAAAGAUUGACUUUAGCAAAGGUUUAAAAUUCGUGUUUGUUGAAGUUGCAUAACGGCAGAAAAAAAAGAAGAAAAAAAGCAGAACUAACUCAAAGUGACCUAGCAACCGCAUAGAGGUUCUGUCCACCACCCUUCUCAUUUUAAUGCAUCUCUUUUGUGUAACGUAACUCGCCAUGUCUGCCCAAAUUAUCUGUCUGUGCUCACGAAAUGAAAAUGUAAGAAAAUGAAGAGAGCUUUCUUCAUUGUGCUGUAAUAUUUCACAAAGAACAGCAAAAAAACAAAACAAAGCAUCAACACUGGAAACGAUGUAAUUUAUCAACUGAAUUGAAAGACCACAGAUUUGGAUAACAGAGGAGAGUUUCUGAAAACGGACUUGAGUUUGACUUUUUAACUUUAAUAGGAGGAUGGCUCAGAAUUGAUAAACCCUACUUCAGUUUUGAUCCUUUACAUUAGUGUCUCUUCUAACUCAUUGAUUUAAUUGGCAACUUUUUAUUUUAUUUUAUUUAUUUAUUUUUUAUUAGCUUUCUCUCACUAGGUAAGGAUUUUGAAGCAUAAAUUCUGUUUAAACAAAAAUGAAGCCUGAGGAUUUUCUACAUUUACAAGCAUCGCAAUCCCGUCUUGAUGAACUUGAUGAAAUGGCAUUUUUUAUCUGCCACUACACUGGUUAGCAGUGUAGUGGCACAUUUUUAUCACAAUAGAAUCUUGUGGCCUCAGUUUGGGCUCAGAAUACAAAGUUUAUACGCUAAAAGGGUCAAAGCUGGCAACGUAAAGAACGACUGAUCAUACCUAAAGACAUUCGAAGCCAUAAGCUGAAGCGACGUAAAUGUGCCAAAGUUAGAGCUACGUGUUGGGGCAGGCAAAAAAAUAAAUAAAAAUAAAAAUGAUAUCUAACUGGUGCGGUCUGGAAUGGAACAUGUGUUCAUGGUUUCUUUGAAGAUUCCUUUCGCGGUUUUACUUUAAAAACGAAACUUUUCCCAAGAUGACGUGUGACCCGUGACGGGCUUGUUUGAAAUAAAGCCUCUUUCAUUCAGAAUUCAA